AUGCCCCACCUGUACUCGGCCGCCUGCCCGUCUCCCCCCCCGUCGCAACUGUUCGCGUGUGCAGUGGCGGUCGCUGUGGGUGGGAGAGGGAGGACGGGAAGGGAUUGGCGGCCCAACCGACGCGCCAGCCAGCUCGCACCCCGCCCAUCUCCCGUACGCCACCCGCAUCUGCACGACCCGUCCCUGCCCCGCCUGCAUCUGCCGCGUCAGCAACUGCCGUUUCGUCCCGUACCCGCACUGUCCCUGCCCCUCCCCGUCCCUCCCUCGUCGCGCCUUCCCCCUCUACCGCGCCUGCCUAUGCCGUGUUGGGCGGUGGUGGGUGUGGAGGACAGUGGGGGCGGCGGCGGCGGGAAUGGCGGGAGUUGCGGGAGUGGCGGGAUUGGCGGCUCAUGUGGGGGGGUGGGGGAGGCGUGGGGGAAAGGGGUGGUGGGCGGCUCUUGCCCCGUGCCCGUGCCCGUGCUGUCUGCCCGUGUUCCCUGUGCUUCUGCUCGUGCUCUACCCGUGCUGUUUGUUCCCGUGCGUGCCCCACCUGUACCACCCGUGCUGUCAGUGCCCGUGCUGCCCCGUUCUGCCCGUGCUACCUCCCCUUGUGCUGCCCCGUUCUGCCUGUGCUGCCCCGUUGUCCCCGUGUUGCCCCGUUCUGCCCGUGUUGCCCCGUUCAGCCCGUGUCCUGCCCCGUUCAGGCCGUGUCCUGCCCCGUUCUGCCCGUGUUGCCUCGUUCAGCCCGUGUCCUGCCCCGUUCUGCCCAUGUUGGCCUGUUCUGCCCGUGCUGCCCCGUUCUGCCCGUUUGUGUCCUACCCGUGCUGUCCGUACCCGUUGGUGCCCCACCCGUGCUGUCAGUUCUCGCUCGUGCCCCACCCGGUCUGUGCUGCCCGGUCUCGUGCUGCCCGUCACCCCCGUGCGGCCCGUCCCGUACAGCACCUAGUUGCUAUCCGAACCCGCUACCCGUACCCGUGCUCCUCGCACACCGUGCACCAGCUGCGGGGCGUUCAACCGCAGCUGGGCACCUGUUCCACCGCGGUGGUUCAGAUGCUGCUUGGUGGUUGCUGCUUGUCAGCUUCAGAGGGGGCCCCUUGCUGGUGUUCCCACGCCCUGUAA